ACCCUCGCUUGUUGUUUCCCCGGGCGAGGAGCAGGAAGAAGUUGUACACCCCGCUCGGCCUGAGGACUUGGAACACCUCGGGAAGGAUAACGGACUAAAACCGAGGAGGCUUUACUUUCUUCUGUUACCUGAGCGCAACCUGUGAACGUGAAUGGAGCCGGAGUAGUGGGCUAAAAGCCAGGAAGGAUUUAACCUACCCAUCACCUUGUUGUAGCUCCGCGCGGUAACUCCUCCACCCCGCGUGCGACACCGCUGUAUGUGGAUUGUAUUGGGAGCAAACAAGGGAAUGACAUAAACAUACCCGGAGAUGGUUUACUACUGUCUGCAGUCACCUUUGGAGACUCUACUGCCGCGGCUACUGUAAACUUUUCUCGUUUUAACUGCACAGUGGGAUAACAGAAAGUGUUUCUUCUUCUUCUUAACGGCAAAGGGAUUAAUUAUGCCGGACCAAAUCACAGUUUCAGAGUUUGUGGCAGAGACGAAUGAAGAUUAUAAAUCUCCCACUGCCUCUAACUUCACCACCAGGAUGUCCCACUGUAGGAACACAGUGACUGCUCUGGAGGAGGCUCUGGACGUGGACCGCAGUGUUCUGUACAAGAUGAAGAAAUCUGUGAAGGCCAUCUACACGUCCGGUCUUGCCCACGUAGAGAACGAGGAGCAGUACACUCAGGCCCUGGAGAAGUUUGGAGAAAACUGUGUGUACAGAGACGAUCCUGAUCUGGGUUCAGCUUUCCUCAAGUUCUCCGUCUUUACCAAGGAGCUUACUGCACUCUUCAAAAACCUGUUUCAAAACAUGAACAACAUCAUCACAUUUCCUCUGGACAGCCUGCUGAAAGGAGACCUGAAAGGAGUCAAAGGGGAUCUGAAAAAGCCUUUCGACAAAGCCUGGAAGGACUACGAAACAAAAGUCACUAAGAUAGAGAAGGAGAAGAAGGAGCAUGCUAGGCAGCAUGGGAUGAUCAGGACUGAGAUCAGCGGGGCUGAAAUCGCUGAAGAGAUGGAGAAGGAGAGGAGAUUCUUCCAGCUGCAGAUGUGUGAGUAUCUCCUCAAAGUCAACGAGAUCAAAAUCAAGAAGGGGGUGGAUCUGCUGCAGAACCUCAUCAAGUACUUCCACGCACAGUGCAAUUUCUUUCAGGAUGGUCUCAAAGCUGUUGACAACCUGAAACCCUCCAUAGAAAAACUGGCCACAGACCUGCACACAAUAAAGCAGGUGCAGGAUGAGGAGAGGAAACAGCUGACACAGUUAAGAGAUGUCCUCAAGACCGCGCUACAGGUGGAGCAGAAGGAGGAAUCACAGGUGAGGCAGAGCACCACCUACAGCCUGCACCAACCACAGGGUAACAAGGAGCACGGCACAGAGCGCAGCGGCUUCCUUUACAAGAAGAGUGAUGGGUUGAGGAAAGUGUGGCAGAAAAGAAAAUGCACAGCAAAGAACGGAUACCUCACCAUUUCACAUGGCACGGCAAACCGACCGCCAGCUAAACUCAACCUGCUCACCUGCCAGGUGAAACACAACCCAGAGGAAAAGAGAAGCUUUGACCUCAUAUCUCAUGACAGAACGUAUCACUUUCAGGCUGAGGAUGACCAGGAUUGUCAAAUCUGGAUCUCGGUGCUCCAGAACAGCAAGGAGGAGGCGUUAAAUCAAGCCUUUAAAGGAGACCAACAUGUUGGCGAGAAUAACAUCGUGCAGGAGCUGACAAAGGCAAUCCUGGGAGAGGUGAAGAGGAUGACGGGAAACGACGUGUGCUGUGACUGCGGAGCACCAAACCCAACGUGGCUGUCCACCAACCUGGGUAUCCUCACCUGUAUUGAAUGUUCAGGGAUCCACAGGGAGCUGGGAGUCCACUACUCCAGGAUCCAGUCGCUCACGCUUGAUGUACUCAGCACCUCAGAGCUCUUGCUGGCCAAGAAUGUGGGGAAUGCAGGCUUUAAUGAAAUCAUGGAGGCUUGUUUAAAUGUUGAAAACGUGGUGAAACCCAACCCUGCCAGUGACAUGCAGGCGAGGAAGGACUUCAUCACAGCCAAAUACACUGAGAAACGUUUUGCGAGGAAAAAGUGUCCUGAUUCCACGUCACGGCUUCACACAUUAUGUGACGCAGUAAAAGCUCGGGACAUCUUCUCGCUCAUCCAGGUCUACGCCGAGGGAGUCGACCUCAUGGAGCCCAUUCCUUUGGCCAACGGACAUGAACAAGGAGAGACAGCUCUUCAUCUUGCAGUCAGAUUGGUUGAUCGGACAUCUCUUCACAUUGUAGAUUUCCUCACUCAGAACAGCUUGAAUCUGGACAAGCAGACAGUAAAAGGCAGCACAGCGCUGCACUACUGCUGCCUGACAGACAACAGCGAGUGUCUGAAGCUGCUGCUGAGAGGGAAGGCCUCCAUAGAGAUAGCUAAUGAGGCCGGGGAGACACCGCUGGAUAUCGCUAGGAGGCUCAAACACCUUCAGUGUGAGGAGCUGUUAAACCAAGCGCUGGCAGGGAAAUUCAACGCCCACGUCCACGUUGAAUAUGAAUGGUGCCUGCAGCAUGAAGACUUGGAUGAAAGCGACGAGGAUCUUGAUGAGAAGCCCAGCCCUCACCGUAGGGACGAGCGCCCUGUCAGCUGCUACACCCCGAGCACAAACUCUCACCUACAGACCGGUCUGGGCUCCGCAGGCCGGGACGCCGCCGGCCUCUCCAAGGACAAACAACGCACAUACAUACCUAACUUGGUCAACAACGAGACUUACGGCACCAUCCUCAACACCAACCCACCUCAGCCUGCCACCACCUCUGCUCCACCUCUGCCGCCAAGGAACCUGGCUCAGUUAGCCAGUCUGGGCGGGAUCAUUCAGUCGUCAGCACCCAGCAGCUGGAAACCCGGUUCUUUAGACCUGGUUGGACGACAGAGGUCGUCUUCGGACCCCCCCAACAUGCACCCUCCUGUCCCUCCACUCAGGCUCACUUCAACAGGAGGUCUAGGUCCUGCUCCUAUGGCAAAGAUGGAGUCAUUAAGUAUCCAGUCUAAGUCAAACCAGGGCCCAAUGGGCUCCAGAGGGGGGCCCCCUAAAUCUCCUUCGAGCAAUGAUAAAAGCUUCAGCAGAGGACCACUCACUCGGACGCAAUCUAUCGAGAGACAGACUAAGGAAGUACCAGGAUGCCCCCAGAACUCCAUAGGUCAGUCUCUGGCUCCAGCCCCCAUGCCAAGGAAAGCCUACCCAAAACAGAGGCCAAAACGAGUCAAAGCCAUCUACAACUGUGUCGCCGACAACCCGGACGAGCUAACCUUCUCUGAGGGUGAGGUGAUCGUGGUGGAUGGGGAAGAGGACCAGGAGUGGUGGCUGGGCCACAUCGAAGGCGAACCAAUGAGACGAGGAGCAUUCCCCGUCACAUUUGUUCACUUCAUCGCUGACUGACCGGUCAGGAAGAAUCACCUCCGCCUGUCUCUGUCUGCGCCGACCAGCAACACAUCCACCGUCGUCCCAGUGUGUGCGAUCGACAUCAUCAUUAUCAUCACUGGCAUCUUCAGCAGGCUUCUCUGCAGUCAUCACCAACUCUUCUGGGUCUAAUCGAGGCAAAUGAAGCAGCUUUUUCAAAGAGUCUUGGUGUCUGUCGUUACAGGGACUGUUUGUGGUUUGAUGUUUUCUUUCUGACAAAGAUUUAAAAACGAUGAUUGUAGUUAAAGACCUCUCGCAAUAAAUGCACUUUCCAUGUCUUAAUCCUCGA